GAGCAUUUGCAGGAAGUGCACACGAAGUAAUUCGAAGGAGUUGCAUAGACACCCUUUUAGUGGGUUGGGGGAGAAUCUGGUUGUACAGAGUACCUCACCCACCCUAACCCAACCCAUACACAUUACAGUUAUACUGCGUACCGCCAAUUAUGCAAAGAAGAACACUCACAGCAUCCUUUAGAAGUGGAACACUUGGACACGCAAAUAAGAGCUGAAAAACUGCUGCUGCAGCAGCAUCCUAGCUGGGAGAGAGCGGGGCUGCUACUGGCAGUUUGAGCUCUGAGUGCAAGGGCUGCAGCCUUAUGCCGGGUCCACCCUGCUCCAUCACUCUGGUCUGCGUCUUUGAUGGACAGACGAUAAUGUGACAGGCCAAGCUUGCAGCACCAACGGCAGAGAGAGAGAGAGAGAGAGAGCUCUCUGCGGGAGCAGCGCAAAGCUGACACUUCAGAUUUCGUUUUCCAAUAAAAGAGGGUCGUCUUAUAUAUCCGCGGAUUUCCCCUGGCAGGUGUGCUGCUAUCGCCGAAACAAAGCAGGAAAAAGAAGAAAACAGCAGUUUAUUCUACUGAAUCAGCAGUCAGAGAGUACAUAUGCUAAUGUUAGCUGGUCAAUGUGCUAUAUUUUACACACCAGUGUCUCUAGUCCACUAAGUGGCUUGCUUUCUCCCUAAGUAAUCUGCUAGGAUUCACCUUCCUGAAACACCUUCAGAAGAGUUUAUAAAUUCGACACUUCCCACCAAACGUCAGAUCCUAAAAUAUUUAUGUAUGUAUACCGACUGUAUCUUUAUAUAGGGUAACGUCAGAAGAAGGCGUUGUGCAAGAGUUGUAUGAAACUUUUAAAUAUCGAGAAGGUGAUACAACGUAACCAAGGAGCUGGUGGAAACUUUGAGUCGAGUUGUCAAGAGCUCUCCAGCACUACAUGAAACAAAAUUAAGAAAAGUAAGUUUCUUAUUCGACGGCAAUCGACUUUUUUUUCUGUUAGACAGUAUUUAUCAUCUUUGACACUUAACCAACAACUAACAAAUAAGGAAAGUUGUUCUAUGCCACAGAAAUUGGAUUUAUUACCCCAGGAAUCCGUGCUUUUUAUACUUUUCUGGAAACGUCGGGAGAAAAACUGGAAGUAGAUGGCUAAAUUGGGGAUGGACUUUACAAAGUACUAACACUUUAGUCCUGAGGUUCAAAAAAGCCAAAGUGGCAGGAGAAAGAGGAAAUGUUGCUUCAAUACCUUCACCUCACACUACAUGCGUGGCCUACUCUAUUAGCCCACUGUUACCUAGCCCCACUGCUAUUUUUGUGUCAGAUUGCUGUUGCUGAAGUUCAAAAAGGAUGUUCUAGUUCUGUGAUGGAGAAAGCUAAAGAAAAGUGCCAGUCGAUUUGCCUGUGCAGACCACCUCCUCUGUUACCUCCUCCACCUCCACCUCCACCACCUCCGAGGCUUAUAGCGGCACCAACAAUUCAGUCAACAUUUUGCCCAGCUGAAAAACCCUGGUGGACAGAGAUGUUUAUAAUCAUUGCUGUAUGCUGUACUACGCUAAUAUUUCUCAUGGUGAUGGUUAUUGUCUGUUACAAAACAUUUAAAAGGACCACAACAUUACAAAGCCGGAUAUUCGGAAAUGCUGUUUAAAAAGAUGAUGGCAUGUUGCAUCCUGGGUAUGUAACAUUAGUAUUACAUGCUGAUAUAAUUACUCUGAAACAGUGCUAUACAGGUAUUAGUAAAUAAGUGUGCUGCAGUUUUGGAGAA